AUGUACAAUGCGGCUCUCCUCGAACCACUUUCCACCAUUUUUUCUAUCCUCAUUCUCAUCGGGACUGCGAGCUACCUCACAGGAUGGAAGCCUUGGGUUGGGAGCAAAAAACACGGUGCCGACACUCUCCCUACCGUGGUGGAAGGAAAUGCGAGAGAUAUCAUCGCCACCAUGGAAAAGACAGGCAAGAACUGCGUCGUCUUUUAUGGGUCACAGUCCGGCAAUGCUGAAGACUACGCCACUCGACUGUCCCAGGAAGGGAAGAGCUGCUACGGAUUAGAGACGAUGGUUGCCGACCUCGAGGACUACGACUACGACAAUCUGGACAUGUUCCCUAGGGACAGCGUGGCCAUCUUUGUCCUCGCAACAUACGGGGAGGGCGAGCCCACGGACAACGCCGUCGACUUCUAUAGAUCCAUCACCGAAGCUACCUUCUCCGACGAUCGAAGCCCACCACUGGGUAACCUCCAGUACAUGAUAUUUGGCCUUGGCAACAGCACGUACGAGCACUAUAACCUCAUGGGCCGAUGCGUCAACAAGAUGCUCCAGAGUCUGGGGGCUCAGAGAAUCGGCCCAACCGGAGAGGGCGAUGAUGGUAUGGGAACUCUGGAGGAGGCCUUUCUCACAUGGAAGGACAGCAUGUGGGCUGCCCUUGCUAGCCACAUGGGUCUGAAAAAGCGGGAAGCGGUCUAUGAGCCCAUAUUUGAGCUUUUCAAGGAGCCUGCACUAAGCAGUGCCUCCCCUGGAGUCUACACGGGCGAGCCCAACGACGUACAUCUCAAGGGAGACAUCAAAGGGCCUUUCAACGCUCAGAACCCAUACAUUGCGUCCGCUACCGAGUCAAGGGAGCUCCUUUCCGGCGGAAGUAGAAACUGUCUGCAUCUAGAAAUCGACGUCAGGGGCUCUGGUCUCACGUACCAGACCGGUGACCAUAUCGCCGUCUGGCCGAUGAACGCCACCGACGAAGUUGACGAAUUCCUACGUGUCAUUGGUCUUGAGGGACAGAAAGACACUGUUGUUCGCAUUGAACCAAUCGACUCAACAACCAAAGUUCCUUUCCCCACGCCCACCACCUUCCACGCCAUCGCUCGUUACAAGCUUGAGAUUUGUGCGCCAGUGUCUCGCCAGUUCCUCGGCAGGCUAGUUGCUUUUGCGCCAAGCAAAGAAGCAGAGACAGAGCUAUCCAAGCUCGUCCAAGACAGGACCUACUUCUAUGAGAAAGUCGGCAAGAUGCAAUACAAUCUAUCCAGGACGCUCAACAUGGCCAGCGGGGGUGAAAAGUGGGAUAAGAUACCAUUCUCACUCUUGAUCGAGGGCCUCCCAAAACUCCAACCUCGCUACUACUCCAUCUCCUCGUCUUCUCUAGUGCAGCCAGACACUAUCUCAAUUACGGCAGUGGUGGAGAACCAAGUUAUCCCCGGCCGAGAAGAUCCCUUUAAAGGAGUCGCAACCAACUACCUCCUUGCACUAAAGAAUCAUCAGGCUGGAGACGCAAAGGCAGGUUCGCGAUACGACCUAAUGGGUCCAAAGAGAAGAUACGGCGGUGUGUGCUUGCCUAUUCACCUUCGCUCAUCCAACUUUAGGUUGCCUUGUGAUCCCUCAAAGCCAGUCAUCUUGAUUGGUCCAGGCACAGGCAUCGCCCCGAUGCGUGGGUUCGUCCAUGACCGGGCCAGAUUGGCAGGACAAGGCCAAGCGGUUGGGCGUACGCUUCUUUUCUUUGGGUGCAGGCGGCGGGGCGAGGACUACCUCUACGAGUCCGAGUGGGAGGAGUUUAUGAAGAUACCGGAAUUCGACUUUGAGGUUGUCACGGCAUUCUCUCGAGAAGGGCCUGGAAAGAUUUAUGUCCAGCAUCGGCUGAAGGAGAGGGCAUCCGAGGUCAACAAGCUACUGGAGAAGGACGCAAGCGUCUAUGUGUGUGGCGACGCCGGAAACAUGGCCAUUGCAGUGAAGCAAACCCUGGUCCAGGUCGUUUCUGAGGAACGGCAAGUCUCCAAGGCCACGGCUGAGAACAUUUUCAAGGCUAUGAAGGCUUCCAGAAGAUAUCAGGUGCGUAUUCGUGUCCUCUGCGUUCUCAAACAUCCCAGACUGAUCGAUAUUACAGGAAGAUGUAUGGUAAGUAGUUAA